CGCAGGAGCAAAAGUCUGGCAGACAAUCACCAACGGCCUUUUUUCGUUCCGACAUACAGCCCUUUAUGAUAAAGGAUGCGUUACGGACAGCUGACACGCAGGACUUUGAUGCAAUUCUACCGUUCACUGUGGCCCAAGUACACUGCUCAGAAUCAAGCCCACCCGAAAACUACUGUUGGGCCGGGAACUUGCUGCUUCACGAGCCGGCGCUCCAGGGACAAGACUGCCCGGAGACAGACCCAGCAGAAUCUGGAACGCUAGAGGGAAAAAGUCACACACCCCCGGUUCCGGCGAUUCGUCACAACAAGCGCCAAAAAAGCCGAGACUCCGCACCGGCGAAAAACGGCACAGACGACCACAUAAAUCUAGAGCUGGGGGAUUCCGGCGCCCCGAGCAUUCCGAAUGAAACACCCAAGAGACCUGUUUUUAAUGACAUGUCAGAUGUUGAUGACCAGCUAUUCUGUGAUGCGGCCAACCUUAUAGACCCAGUCAAUUCUACGGCCUCAAUACCUGCAGCCGAACAAGAAAGGUUUUUCACAUUAUUUUCCAGGGCUUUGAAAUCGAGGAAUGUUUUAUUCCUUUUAGGUGAGCUACUGGGGGAGUUCGCCAACUACUUCCACUACGGCUACCACGAGUGCAUGAAGAACCUGGUGCACUACCUGACCACGGAGGAGAGGGUUGAGACCAAAGACAUCAAGUACGCAAGGAUCCUGGCCUUUCUUCAGUCCAAGUCCCGGGUCGCCACCGAGCCGGUGUUCGGCUCACUGGGCGCGUUUCCAGACCAGGCAGAUUAUCUGUGCCAGUUGCACUCCUCCCCGGAGUCACUCCAGAGUCACAGCCCCAACGACUCCGUGUUUCAGCAGAGCCCACCCGGACACUUCUCUUGGCACAGCACGGCGCGCAGCCCGACCAUCUCGUACCCAACGGUGCCGCUUUCCGCACCGACGCAACAGCACCAUGGUGGCUACCUGUCACCAGUGCAAGGACUUGACCAUCACUACUUCAACUUUUUCAACGGCCACCCGCACGCGAAUGCGUUCAGUUUGCACAGUACAACAUGCACAGCAACAUGCGUUGUAAAUAGAAUCCGGUUACCGUUUUGUGUUGUCUUUAUUUAUAUGUGUUCAUAAUAAAUACUUAAAGAUUGUGGA